AUGUUCCGAAGCCAACGUUGUCUAGCGUCCGUCGCAGGAUUGUCCCGUUCUGCACCGAAAACACCAGAGAAGUCGCAGUCAAUAGCUGUCAUCACAGGGGGUAGCCGUGGCAUCGGCUUGGAAAUCGCCCGCUCGUUUCUUGCAGCCCAGCGAUGGGGUCGAAUUGUACUCGUUUCCCGUAACUCUGAAAACUUAGAAGAGGCCCGUUACUCUUUGCUGAAUAACGAGAGACUGACAGGACAUAUAGCACAUGACGAAAUGAGGGACAGAGUGGUGACCCUCCAAGCCAACCUGGCAGACAUUUCGGAAGUGGAGGACCUAGGAAAGCAUAUCAAUGCCCUGGGUGAUGUUGAUAUCCUCGUAAACUCUGCAGGGAUUGUGUCUGACGCCGUGCUUGCUGUACAAAACUCUUCGCGAGCGUUGGAGCUCCUGAACAUCAACCUAACGGCAACUAUCCUCACUAGCCGUGCGGUUGUCAAAGGAAUGAUGAAACGAAAGAAGGGCUGCAUUUUGAACAUUGCAUCCGCCGUGGGACUGAGAGGGAACGAAGGGCAGAGCGUGUAUGGAGCAUCCAAAGCUGGAGUUAUAGGCUUCACCAAAUCUCUCGCGCGUGAGCUGGGAAGUCGAAACAUUCGUGUUAACGCGAUAGCACCGGGUUACAUCGAAACAGAUAUGAUUGCUGGGAUGUCAGAACGCAAGAGACAAGAGAUUCUUUCCUCGACACCACUGGGCCGCUUUGGAAAACCAGAGGAGAUUGCGCAGGCAGCCAUGUUCCUAGCGACAGCAGAGUAUAUUACUGGAGAGUGCUUGGUCGUCGACGGAGGUCUGACUGCGUAG